CCCAUUUACAAGUUGAAGUGGAAGAAGGAUCAUGGCUGCAAAGAAUGGUGUUGUUCUGAUGCCCAACGGAGGUCAAAAGAAGUCCAAAGAACACAAGGAGGAACGGGGCUAUUGGGGCACCAAAGCAGAGUUUAUCCUGACUGUGAUGGGCGCCAUCAUCGGACCUGGCAAUGUGUGGCGGUUCCCUUACCUGUGCUACAGAAACGGCGGAGGUGUGUUCUUCAUCCCUUACGUUUUGUUCAUGAUCACCUGCGGGAUUCCCUUGUUUUUCCUGGAGACUGCUAUGGGACAGUACACCAAUCAGGGUGGGAUUACAUGUUGGAGGAAGAUUUGUCCACUUUUCCAAGGCAUAGGCUACGCAAGUCACCUCAUCAUUGCAUUCGGCGCCACCUCCUACAUUAUCAUCAUUGCAUGGGCUUUCUUUUAUCUCUUCUCCUCCCUGCGCGCAGACUUGCCUUGGGCCACAUGUACACACGAGUGGAACACAGACUCAUGCAUAGACACCAGCCUUUCGAAUCAGAGCCUGAGCAUGGCAGACAGACACAACAGCACUCAGCCGGUUGUGGAAUUCUGGCAGCGAAGAGUGCUGAAGAUCUCUGGUGGUAUUGAGGAGGUGGGCAGCCUGAGGUGGGAACUGGUCAUGUGUCUCAUCCUAACCUGGAUCAUCUGCUACUUCUGCGUUUGGAAGGGGAUCAAAUCCACCGGGAAGGCAGCAUACUUCACAGCAACCUUCCCCUAUGCAAUGCUGCUGAUUUUGCUCAUCCGUGGAGUUACUUUGCCAGGGGCAAUGGACGGGAUUAUUUACUACAUCUACCCUGACGUGACCCGUCUGUCAGAUCCACAGGUCUGGAUGGACGCCGGAACUCAGAUCUUCUUCUCUUACGCCAUCGGACUCGGGUUCCUGACCUCGCUUGGCAGUUACAAUACUUACAACAACAACUGUUACAAGGAUUGUUUCUACUUGUGCUUGCUGAACAGCGCCACCAGCGUUGUGGCAGGCUUUGCCAUUUUCUCCGUCUUGGGAUUUAUGACCUACGAACAAGGGGUUGAUAUUUCCGAAGUGGCUGAAUCAGGACCAGGAUUAGCAUUCAUCGUUUACCCCCGUGCUGUCGCCAUGAUGCCCAUGCCGCAGGUGUGGGCGGUGUGUUUCUUCCUAAUGAUCAUCCUACUUGGCUUGGACAGUCAGUUUGUUGGUCUGGAGUGUCUGAUGACGUCGCUGGUUGAUCUUUUCCCAUUUUACCUACGUCAAGGAUACAGACGCGAGCUUGUCUUGCUGGCCAUUUGUACUGUCUGCUGCUUGCUGGGAUUGUCCCUGGUGACCGAGGGGGGGAUGUACCUUCUCCAGCUGGUGGAUUUCUAUGUGUGCAGUGGCACCACCCUGCUCCUCCUGUCUAUCUGCCAGUCUGUCAGCAUUGCCUGGGUCUAUGGUGCUGAGCGUUUUUAUGGCAACAUCACAGAUAUGAUUGGAUACCGUCCCUUACCUCUAAUGAAGAUCUGCUGGUGCUACAUCACUCCCUGCUUGUGUUUUGGCACAUUCAUCUUCUCCAUCAUCAAAUACUCACCUUUGAAGUUCAGCAAUACUUAUGUUUAUCCACUGUGGGCCAACAUCCUGGGCUGGUUCCUUGCAACAGUCUCCCUCUCCCUCAUUCCUCUCUUUGUGGUGUACAAACUAGUGCAUGGAAAAGGUACCCUUCGACAGCGAUUCCUGUUGCUCUGCUGUCCUGAAGACGACCUUCCCCUGGAUAACAAGAGUCUUCCUCCUCUUGGAGCCGAUGCCGACCAAAAUUUUAAAAAUUUAAGCGCCCAAGGGCUGGACACUUACUAACUCAUUAUGCUCACUUGACACGUAACCACAUUUUGAAUACUUUUAUUUUUCAUGACUUCCAAACAUAGCAUUCCAUAAACGUUGAACUAGGUAUUGUAAACAAAGCUUUUUUUUUUUUUUGGGUGUAAGUCGUUAGCGCUCCCUCGCUAUAGCGCAGAUUUUCAGAAAUUAAUGCUCGCUGUUUUGUGGUAUUAGUGAAAACAUAUUGAAAUACAAGUGAUAUGUUGUAUUCUGGUCACUAGGUGGCAGAAAUGACACAAAACACUGAGACAUUACUUCACAUUACAUUACCUUGAGUGAAAAAAAGUUGUCCUCCAAUCCGUGUGGAAGUGGUACAUUUUUGGCUUCCUAAGUUUAGAAGAAAUAAAUUCGAGGCUAACUGGUUAGGUCGCUAGCUUGAUAGCGAGCGGUCGUCUCAGGUCUCUGCAAGAUAAAAGUUGCAAUGUGGUGCAAACAAUGAAUAAAUGUAAAGGUGAGUAUGUUACUUCAUGUCAACAGUGCUCUAAUGAUGUUAAAAAAAACAUAUCUGGAAAGUCAUAAAUAGGUUUUCUAUUCUCUAACUAUGAAAAUACUCCAUUUAUUAACAUUGAAUCUUAUAUCGCGGAAAUUCAUUUAACGCGGUCGGGUAUGGAACCAAUUAACCGCUAGAAACGAGACGACUGUAACAGCAAACGUGUAUUUAACAAAAAUAAGCAUCACAGCAGUAUUUCAUGUAAAGAAAACAUACAAGAAAUAUUUCAAGUAAAUUAAAAUGACCUAGUUUUUAAUUUCACCUGGAGAUCUCACCUUGUUUACAGCGGCUGGGCACGCAGUCCUUUAUAAUAAUCUCUGUGUGAGAAAAUGGUCCGGCUUCGCUCGUAGUUGUCUUUCAAAAUUUUUCAUUUCUGUGUGCGUGUAUCCAAACCGAGCUGGACUUUGAACGCGUCGGCUACAAUACAUAUUUUCGAGUCCGGUCGCCGUUAAAAGUCCAACUUCCUAUUUUUUAAGGGUUGUUUCAACGCGAGCCGUCUUCUUCUACUGCUGCUUCAUUGUGGCACGUGUGCCUCGCUGUUGCUGGUGCCUGCAGAGCAGAGGAAGUACUGCAUGAACAAGGACUUCUCUAGUUUGACUGAAUGGUUUAUUUGGGUGAUGUCCAGAUGAAAAGCUGACGUUAAGUAUGACUUUAGAAAGUAUAUAGAGUGUUACCUCCAAAGUUGAACACCGCAAACGCCUUUAAUACAUAGAUGGAGUUUGCUUGCACAAGCUGCUGCACCUUCCCCGAAGUCCUCUGGCGUCUCCCCAUUGGAGACGUACCUCACAGUUACCCCUUGCAGUGGCUUACAGCACAUUUGUGAUUCAGCAUUCCUGGCCCCUUUUUUUCCCCCCCACACAUUGUUUUUGCUUAAAAAUCACCAUAAUAAUCUGUAAACAGAACAAGAACAAGUUUGGCUUGACAAACUGCUUGAAUGACUAUUUUCUUGCUCUGGUGACAGAUGAUUAUUUUAAAUAACUUAGUUGGUAUUAGAUACACAACCUGUUCCAACAAAGAAAGUGCCUGGUAGGAAAAAAAUAUAUUGUCAGUCAAAAUCAUUCCAACCUUGAUUUCAGGUAUUUAAAAUUGCUUUAAUUACCGUACUGUACCUUCACAUUUUCAGGUUUUGAGUGUCAGCGAGAGGAUUAAAUAAACGCGAGAUCCAAUAGUGAUACAAUCUGAAAAAACACCACAGGAGAAUUUUUUUUUUCUGCAAUAUGAAAGUGAGGAUUAAGUCAACUUGACUGGCAUCCCUGGCGUUUUGCCAACUUUGUAAUAUCCUACGACAUGUUGACAGAUGCGUCAUUUCCCAGAAAUGGUAACAAUAUUAUGAGCAGUACAGAAUGGUUACAUUUAACGCCGGAGGGAAAACAGCUUUUCCAAUCUCCUCGAUGACCUUGCAUCACAUCAUGCUCUUUAUUUAAAAAAAAAAAAAAAUAAAGCAGAAAAACAUUCAAGUAGAAAUAUGUGUUAAGACAUCUCAGUGGCAUUUUAUUUCUUGUUUUAAGACUCUAUAAUGUCAGGUUUGUGUGUUUUUUUUUUUUUUUUAAACAUACUAUCAUGCUUUUUGUAUUAUUUUUGUGGGGUAAAGCAUUGACAGAAAUGCAUUAUGUAUUUUUUGGUGCAUCUUUUUGUAAUACUGCGAUCAUUUUGACAUUCUAUAGUUCUACAUACUGUAUAAGUACAGGGCUGUGUACCUUUCGAAUUUUGUAUUUCUUCAUAGUAAAAUGCCUUAAAUAUAUUGUGGGUUAUUUCACUUGGGCCUUGGGCUACAAAUACUGUUCCCCCUCCCCCCUCCAAAAUGAAUAGCGUACCAUGUGCCUUUCAAAUGUAAAUCCUGCUUUCAUUUUCUAUUGUUAUUGUCUGUUGUAUUGCCACUACACAAAUAAACUGAGAUAAAGGCAACGUUGAAUAACACCUCAGACACGCCCGUCCAAGGCCGUUCUCAAAAGAUACCUCCUGCACGACACAUUAGCACAUUAAGUGUUCAGAUGCAUGUUGAAACAGGAAAGGUUAGAAACUCGUGUGACAUAAAAACAGGAAAAAGUGGUGUUUUGUUUCAAAAUAAAAGACCAUUUAUUGACUUGCUUUUAAUGGCCAUCUGGUAGAAAAAGCACAGAAUGUCAUGUAAUAAUUUAAACACUGUAUAAAUAAAGUAUCUCGUGGGUAAAAAAAGAAGAUAUUCCUGUCAGGUUGUAACAUCCAAGUAACAUUUGAGCCCAUUUUUCGUUAUUUUUUUUUUGACAUAUUUUUUUUGGUUGUCCACUGGCAGUCCUGACGGGCUCGCUAAAGACAUUUUAACCACAAGCUCAAUACUGGCGAUGUUUAAUAUUACAGUCUGGCUCACAAUUACCAAUUAGACCUUGACAAGAUGAUCUGAAUAACUCAACAAACAUAUAAACACAACACUUUUGUUUUUGACAGCUAAAAUUGACCUUUUGUAAUGGCCUUUUAUUGCGGCCAGCCUAAAGCAACGUCUAAUCAGCCAUUUGAUAUGCCACAACUGUGAGGUGGAUGAAUUAUGAAUGCUCACUUGCACAGAAUUAAACAUUUUUUAAUGAUAAAUAGGCCUUUUGUGUACGUAGAAAAAAGGUUUAACGUCUUUGAGUUAAGCUCAUGAAAAACGGGAACAAAAACUAAAGUGUUGCAUUUAUGUUUUUGUUGAGCAUACCUGCAAAGUGUAUGGGAGCUGUGUUUGUGUGUUGAGCGGGUGAAGGUUCAAUCCACUUCUGUUAGGCCGCAGGGUCUCCUGAAUUCCUGUCCUCGCUCGUGAAUCCACUUGUUUGACACUGGAAAAACAAGAAAAAUGGUAAUGUAGUCAUGAAAAGCACAUUGUUUGUCUAGCAACUGUAUCGAUCUAGAGCAGGGAUUCUCACAAGUGGUACAAUCUGGAGGUCAACCAAAAUUGGUGGACAAAAUACAGUUCACCUCGAAAGUCAAGCAAAACUCUCAUUAUGCAGUCAGUAUAUCUUGUGAUGGUACACUUUUGGGUUUUUUGGGGCUUUUUGUGAUGCCACCUCAGAAAAGUAGAAGUGGCCAGGGGCAAAACGUAAAAAGUGUGAUGAUAACCAUAGGACUACAAAUGAAACAUACUGCCAUACAGGAAGGAGUCUGGGUACUUGAGCAAUAUAAUGAAUGUCAAUGACAUACUGUACAUACAAUUAGGACCAAUCAUUCCUAGACACAAUGUCCAUUUCCAUUUUAAUGCUGAUGAUGUACAGCUCUAAUACUGAGUGACGAGAACACACUAGAUCCCCUCCGUGUCUGUCUGCAUGACAUGAAAUAAUGGCUGUCGCAGAACUUCCUUCACUGAAAUGAAGGAAAAACAGAGUACAUUGUUUGUAGACCUGAUUCACCUCACAGUGCACCCAAUUUUAACACUCCUCCCCCUCUUUUCCCUGCAGUUAUUAUAUUUACAGUAUGUUCCACUUCGCUUUCUUAAUAUUAAAGUCAAAGGUAUGGUUUAGUUUCAUAAUGCGCUGUGAAAUAGACUUAGGACUUGUAAUUUGUAUUUGUACUUUAUUUAUCCCACAGCUUACACGUAUUUGAGUUUUCGAGAUGAUAUACGUGUGUUUUCAAAGGCAAUUCUUUAAAAAUUCUUGACUUUAAUAUUUGAAUAUACGAGGUGUGUCUAGAAAUUAAGGGGACCGGGUGUGCUGUAUGAGCUAUGGGUAAAAGAGGGAUUAGCAAAUUGUGUUAUCAUCCAACAUGAUAUCUUGGGAGUGUGUGACCGUAAUCUCAGCUUUCUGCAACCUUACAUUUUUUGUUUUUUACAUGUUUUUGUAUACCACUCAUUUCAAAGCAAGACAGUCAAAGUCAAAAGUCAAACUCAUGUUGAUCACAUUCAUCGAUGUGAGAGGCUUUUCAGACACACCUGGUAUUUUCUUAAUUUUGUGAAAAGGCUAAAAAGGCCAUACAUAUAAAGACAAAGCUUUGUGUUAUUAUUGGUGAUUAGUAUGAACAUGUCAUCUUCUGGUCUUUAUGUUUUGCCUUUCUGCCUUACAUUUCCCAUUUUUCCUGUUUUUUGGGGGAUAAUGCUAUUUCUAUAACGUGCCGCGGGCAAUUAAAAAACAAGCAUGAAAAUGGCCACAGCGCCCCACUUGGGACACCCCUGUCUUGGAGGUUUUACUGUACCCUCAAUUUAGGCCUACUGCACAUUCAAAGCCUCAGAUGGAGGAGUUUAAAACAGUUAUGCUUGAGGAUUUAUACUAUGCAUGUGACUAGCAUUAACUUGUUUGGCAUCUGUUGUACAAAAACAAGCAGGGAUCCGAAUAUUUAGUAGUUUGGCUUGAGCAUUAUUUUGGGGGAAAUUAAGUUUACUCCUUAUGAAUGUGGUGCCAUGCCAUAUGCAGUCAAAACAAUAUAAAAGACAAAUAAUAAGCCAAAUUAUGGUCUGCACAAUCAAUGUUUCUUGGCUGAGAGCCCUUUACAGGGCAUCAGAUUAACUUUUUUUUUUUCUAGGGACACAGUGGCCCCUAACUUAACAUUUUUGUAGUGCAAGCAGAAAAUGUAGGGGCGCACACUGAAAUCGACUUGCGAAGUAAAUAUUCACAUUUCACCUCAUUUUCACUGUAUUACUGAUAGAUAUUAUUAACUCCAAUACGGCCCUCUUUUCACACACAUCGGCCCGCCUUCUUCUUCUUUGGUGUUUGGCUCCUUUCUUCCUCUUUAGGAGUUAAUGUGGGUUGGCAAACUACCUCAUUUGCGCGUUACUGUCAGCUACCGGGCUUAAGUGUGGAGCACAAGUUUGAGCGCACGUUUGUCAACAACAAAUAUUCAAUAAUAAUACAAAUAAAAUGGGCAAAUUAACUUGUAGGGUUGCCAACUUCUGUAAAAAUAAUUAAGGGACACCUUGUUGGCAGGGCCAACCAACCCGCUUGUUUUUGGGUUGUUUUUUUUUUUGCCUAUUAUUGUGUGAAACAAAUGUACUAGUUGACACAAACCUGACUUUUUUGCACAUUACUAUAGUUAUGACCCUUUUAGUAUGAUUGUCAGAUUGUUUACAUUUCUGAGCUAACACAGCAUUUUCAUUGCACCUAUGUGGCAAAUAGUGUUAUUUACUUAUCUUUGCUUGGACCCAUUUUUGCCACCUUUGAAGAAAUGUGCCAUUAUUUGAGGGGCUUUGCACUAUGUAAUUAUUUCUGAUUGAACUGAAGGCCAAAACUUGUUUUUUUUUUUAUUUUUUAUUAAUAUAUUUUAUAUUGAUCCCUUCAGACAAAAUGAUGUUCAUUCAGCAAGUCUUUUUUUUGUCCGUGUCUAAAAAUAAAUACAUUUGACAUGUUAUUCUGUUGGGCAUUUCUGUGUGGAGUUGGCAUGUUCUCCCCGUGCGUGCGUGGGUUUUCUCCGGGUACUCCGGUUUCCUCCCGCAUUCCAAAAACAUGCAUGUUAUGUUAAUUGGUGACUCUAAAUUGUCCAUAGGUAUGAAUGUGAGUGUGAAUGGUUGUUUGUCUACAGUAUAUGUGCCCUGCCAUUGGUUGGCGACCAGUCCAGGGUGUACCCCGCUUGUCGUCCGAAGUCAGCUGGGAUAGGCUCCAGCCUGCCCCCGCGACCCUAAUGAGGAGAAGCGGCAUAGAAAAUGGAUGGAUGGAUGGAUGGAUGGAUGUUAUUCUGUUGUUGUUUGUCUUUUGCCAGUGCCGUACAGCAUGCUUGGGGAUAUGAUGUGUUUUUUGGGGUUUUUUUUAACACAUGUGAAAAUACCGUAAAAAUGUUACUUUUAUACAUUUGGCUUCUUUAUUCUCUGAUAUAUGAUUAAUGUCUACAUCAACAAAUGUUAACAGUAGAAUCGUAAUCGUAUACUAUGUGUAUAGUAUAUAGGUAUAUACUUUUUAGGUCCCAUUUUUCAUGACCUUUUUCUCAAAUUUAGUUUGCAAUGUGUCUAAAUCAGUGUUAGUGAGCACCUCUCAUUUGCAGGGAUAAUCUACCCACCUCACAUGUAUGUCACAUCCAGAUGCUGACUAGACAGCAUGCCUUAGGUUUUACUGUACAUUUUUGAGUGAGCUUUUAUUAUGGCCAGCCUAAAGCACACCAGUGCUAUAAUCAUGCUGUCUAGUCGGCAUUUUGAAACGUUUGGGAAUCUUUACAUUUCAGUAUUGCCCAAAAGAAGACUUGUUCGAAAAUUACAACUUAAAAGUCCUCCAGUAUCAGAGAACACCUUGUGUUAGACUUUCAACGUUUCACCUCAUGUUCAUGUUCUUUUUGUUAAAUUGGUAACACACGUAUGGAGGUCAUUCCAGGACAACUUUACUCACCCCAUUUACUUCCCACUAAGACAGGACAGGCUGCAUGUCUGGUCCUGUAAUCUCCUUCGCCACUUUUGAAAAGGUUAUACCAGAACACGGCUGUCCCCUGUGAGGAAAUGAGACCAGUGCAAACAUGACGAGAGCAUUCUGACAAAAAUAAUAUAUGGCACCCAGAUGUUAGGUUAAAGCAUGAGGAAUGUGAGAGUAAUUUAUUGCAUGAUGAUAACGUGUUGGUGCUCUACAGGCAUUCAUAGCCUACCCACUUUAUUCCUGUUUUGAUACACUGGAAAUGCAUGCACAACAUCUGCAAGCAAAUUUUUGGUCCAAAUAUUCCCUGAAUAUGAAUUAAUUAAACAUACUGUAAAGGCUCUAAAAUACUGUUCCCACUACAGUUGGAUUUAUUGUACAAAAAAGAAAGCACCACCAAACAAUAAUAAGGCGCUGAGUGGCCACUCCACAUUAGGGGCAGUGCCCUAAAGGUCCGGCAGAUCGCAGUGAUUGUCGUUCUUUUAGAACUUGUAAUUGAUAUUUAGUACAAAGCAGUGAUUUCAUUUUGAAAUGAAUGUGUACAGUGGAACCUCUGUCAGCGCCAUGUUUUUCGGUUAACGUCGAGAUUUUCCGCCAAAACUUUUGCCAUUUGUUUUCUGGUUAGCGUACAAUACGCCGCGAGAGUCCGACUGUGUUCUUAAUGUACUGUAUUUUUUAUCACCACACGUCCUUGUUAGCAUCCUUGGCUUGCUAACAAAAUGGCAACCAGCUACAUUGCCCGUCUAUGAUGUCAUCAAAAAUGUUAACACAAAACACAUUUUUAUAUUUUUACAUGCAUAAAACAAUUUCUAAAUGCAUAGAAAUGGCAAA